AUGGGUGAGUCUGAUCUGUCUCUACGACAACAGGACAUAAACAAAUGGGGUAUCACUGUCCCAGUUGAAACCAGUCAGUUGCCAGUUACAACAGUGCCAAGUCCAGAACUGCCCACCAAAUCCAGGAAAUCAAGGUCCCACAGUUCUAGGCCCGCCAAGAAGACUGGGAGUCCAAAAAAACCCCAAAAGAGGUCCUCUAGUGCCAAAUCCACCAAGACAGAGGUGGACAUCCUCAGCCCAGCAGCCAUGGAGAACGUCUACUACAUUUCUCACAAUGCAGUGGAUUGUCUGGAGUUCAGAGGCUUUGGCUGGCCAAAUUCAAAUAAAAAGAAGAAAAAGAAGAAGGGAACAAAACGGAAGAAGAAAAAGUAA